GGCGCGGGGGAUGCCGUCGGUGUCCCGGUCUCCUCCGGUGUCCGAGGACCCGGCGGGUGCUGUCGGUGCCCCGGUCUCCUCAGGUGCCCGGCACAGCCAUGACUGCUCCUGUGCCUGUGUCACCUCAGGUUAAAACGACAAUCAGUAUUAUGGAGGAGGCCUUAGAAUUGUUCCAGGAACAAGCUGUCAUUAAACCUUCUCCAUGUGAAGCUGAACUUCAGGAAUUAGUGCAUCAAAUUGACAUCAUGGUAAACAGAAAGCAACUGGAAUGGGAAAGAAAGAUGAGAGCUUUAGAAGCGAAGAUGGAUAUCCAGGAUCAAGAAUUAGCAAGUGCCCAAAGCAAACUGGAUCAAAAAGGUCAAGAGGUGGGACUACUUCAAGAAAAAUUGGAAGACUUACAGAAAACUAAAUAUGAAAUGGCUCAGAGCUAUGAAAUUCAGCUUCAAGCACUGAAAUCUCAAUUUUCAAAGUUGACACAUAGUUAUGAAAAGCUACAGUCACAUCAGUUAAAACACAAAAAGGUCAACAGUAGAGAAGAAUGUGAGGAAAGCCUAGUGACAUCGUCUGACCCUAGAAAUUUAUACAAGAAAUUGGAGGAAUUUAAAUUGAGAGAAGGGGGUAAGAAUGGGACAAUCUGCCAAAAUUAUCCUGUUUAUUUGGAUGCUCAACAAAAAUUAUUGUCCGAGAAAUAUAAUUUAUUUCAGAAGCAGACCCAGAAUUAUCAAUUCCAAAUACACGAUAAGAAAAAAAAUCAAGAAGAGGUGAUUACCUAUGCCCAGCCUGAAAGUGAAAAGGAUGAUUUGAUUAUUGAAAAACUAAAGGCAACUGUGAAUGAAAUAGCAAGGAACAAGAAUAAACUCGAAGAGGAAAAUCUGAAGCUCCGUGAAGAUCUAAAAGUGUACCAAAACCAGUGCCAGAAUAUGGAGGCAGACUUUUCAGAAAUGAGACAUGAGCUGCAGUCACGGGAUGGUCUCUGGAGAAGGAUGCAGCUGGAAUGCCAGCAGUUGCAUACAGAAUUAUUGAAAAUCAAAGAGUACAAAGAUACACAGGAAAUUCAAAUAAAGCAUCAAUCACCUUGUGUUCAACUUACUGAGCAACUAGAAAAUAAAAACACUGAGUUAUUACUAUUUGCAGAAAGUCAAGAACGCCAACAAGAAGAGCUAAACAAGAUAAGAAACCACAUUUAUCGAGAGGAGCAGUCCCAUUGCUCUGAGCAGGAAAGAAUGAAGACAGAAAUCUCUGACCUGACAGAGGAGCUUCAUCAGAAGGAGAUCACUAUAGCAACUAUCAUGGAGAAAGCUACUCUUCUGGAAAGACAGUUAAAAAUUGAGUUAGAGACAAAAGAUAAAUUGUUAGCAAAACAACAGUUAUUGGAAUUCCAAUACCAAGUUAUCAAAUCUGAAAACACACAUCUAAAAGAGAUGGUGGAAAACCAGGAGCAUGAAAGUUGCAUGAAUAUAGAUUUAUGUAACAAAGAACAUGGAAAUUUCACAGCUUCUGUUCACAAAAUGAAACAUGAGAAUUUAAGACUAGAAAAUAGUGUUGCUAAACUACAAAAUGAUAGAGAAAUAUCAAUGCUGGGUUGCACAGAUACAUAUGGAGAAACAGAACACAGCUACCAAACCCAUUCAAAGAUGCAAGAAAAGGAAGAGAGAUCAUUCCAAAAUAAAGAUGCAGGGGAAAUGGAAUGUCAACAGACUGAUAUGCUUACUGCCAGUGGACACCACAGAAACCGUAGUCCUGCUUUAUAUGGCCAAGGCAAUAUCACUGGGUCAAAAAGUGAUAGCAUUUUAUCUUCUCAUCCACUUCACAGAGGUCAUGAAAAGAAAAUAGUUUAUAAAUCUCCAUCACCACUAGUGGGGUAUCCUUUGAGCUUUGGUGGGCCAUAUCCUAAAAUGGGCAGAACAGGCAGUUUACUGAGCCCUGCUUACAGUGGAGAAGAAAUGAAAUUAUCAGAAGAAAUCAAACUUACAUCUCCCCAUGAGAUGUCCUUCCUUGCAACAACAGAAAAGUUCCUUCAAGAGGAAGAUAAACAUGCAAGAGAGUUUGAAGAACGUUUAAAUUUGCACCUUGAAGAGCUGCAAAGAUAUUCUGAAAAUAUUCUAAAAAAACAUGCCAGGAUACAGCAAAGCAGACAUACUUAAGCCAGUCACACAAUUAAGAAAAGAAAACCAAGUAAUGAUGCAUGAGUUUCUUAAAACUAAAAUCUGCAACUAGUUGCUUAAUGUAUUUAGGCACAUUGCCAAUAGCAUUUAUUUUUAGUACCAUGUUUUCAAUAAGAUCAUCAUUAUCCUAUGGAUUUAAGUACAUUGUAACUUGACUAUAUUACAAAAUAAACUCCAAACAUAUUCUAAAAUAUACAGGCUGGUUUUGCACAGUCAAAUUGUGUGCAGCAGAGACCCUGUUGCAGCUCUGUAAAAUAAGUAAGAUAUUAAAAUUCUGUAGUUUACA